AUGUCGUCGUCAAGCAGGGAAAUGGAUCUGUUUACACCAACCGAAGAACAUGGCGCCUUGCGCAAUAUGCUUCAGGGUUUUGUGAAAACAAAAGUGGAUCCUCAGGCUUUGGAGCAUGAUCGCGAAGAGAAAUUUAACAUCAAGCUGUUCCGGGAGCUAGGGGAGCUGGGACUACUGGGCCUCACGGCACCCGAAAAAUACGGUGGAUCAGAGAUGGAUGCACUUGCGGCUGUAAUUGCACACGAAGAGCUUUCGUCUAGCGAUCCAGCCUUUUGUCUUUCCUUUUUAGCGCACUCGAUGCUAUUUGUAAACAACAUUGCGCGCAAUGCGUCGGACGCUCAGUGUCUCCAAUAUCUACCUGACGCUUGCUCAGGCAAAAAGAUCUGUGGAAUGGCUAUGAGUGAGCCUUCCGUCGGCACGGACGUCCUAGGCAUGCGCACAACGGCAAAGAAGUCCGAUUGUGGCAAGUUCUACGUAUUGAAUGGAACCAAAAUGUGGAUUACGAAUGGAGCUCUAAAUGAUACUGAAUUGGGUGACACUUUCUUGGUUUAUGCUCGAACUGACACAACGGGGAAGGCAAAGCAUGACUUUUCGUCCUUUAUUGUGGAGAAGGGUUAUGAAGGAUUUUCAUUGGGCCAACGCAUCAAGGACAAAUGCGGCAUGCGCGCGUCCAGUACCGCGGAGCUGGUAUUUGAAAACUGUAUAGUGCCAAUUGAGAACUUGAUAGGCACCGAAGGCAGUGCUGUGCUCUGCAUGAUGCGUAAUCUCGAAAUCGAGCGCGUGACGUUAGCUGCUAUGAGUUUGGGCAUCGCUAGACGCUCGCUUGAGGUAAUGAGCAGUUAUGCGAAGGAACGUGAAGCCUUUGGCAGACCGCUGAAUAACUUUGGCCAGAUCCAGAAGAACAUUGCCGAGUCGUAUGCAGAGUACAUGGCUGGGCGCGCGUACGUAUACAACACGGCAAGGCAGCUCAAGCUGGAUUCGGUAGGCAAUCGCGUCGAUACGGACGGUGUAAAGCUCUAUUGCGGUGACAUGGCGAAACGCGUCGCAGACCGCGCAAUCCAAACGCUGGGCGGCUACGGCUACGUCGGCGAGUACAACGUCGAGCGCCUCUGGCGCGAUUCAAAGCUGCUGGAGAUUGGCGGCGGCACCAACGAGUCGCACCAUAAGAACAUGGUGCAAGACCUCCCCGUCUUCUUUCUUCGUUUUCCCAGAAACGAAUUGCAGUCAUUUUCGAAAGCAAGCAAGCGGUGGCAGGCGGGCGUCCAAAUACAAGUCCCUGCCCUCUUUUUUGGAGUGACCAUCACUCUUGAUUGCACUGUCCAAAUUUGGAAAUUUGAGGUCAUUUCUCAAGAAAGAGCAAAGCCUGUGGAUCCCGGAUUUAAUCAAACGAACCCCGACACGCAGCUGGCUUUGCCCGAGCUGAAACGAAUAGCCACCAUAGGUAAUUUAACACUGGGAGAUUAUCGGGACGAGGUCGUACAUCUCGACAAAGCAGCGAAAGGCGAUCGAAAAACAGAGUUCCAGACAGCGCGUAUUGAAGUGGUAAGCCCUAGCGACAGCGCUCCUCCGUGGACCUCGGGUACGCCCCGAGGGCACGGCAACUGCGAGACGCAGAGAGAUCUUGCUAGUGUGCAAGUGUGCGUGAUGAUGGUUGAGCAGCCGACACAAGAUCCUGUACCUGCUGUUAGCUGCAAUGGAGCCAUGGCUACGAUGAAGCAAGAACCGAUCAGUACUGCUCGUCCUGUAUUGGCAAAAGAAAUGAAUAACAACGCUAGUGUUACGACACCAGCAGUCACUGUAAAGAAAGAGAAUGAAACUGGCAAGAACAAGGUCAAGUCUGUACCGGAUCUUCCUCGCGAGGUGUUACAGUUCGCGCCGCUUCUUAUUGGCAAAUACUACAUUCAGGACAAACGUGCGCUAUGGUCCGGUAUGUGGGGUAUGAAUGAAAGCGCAUUUGGCCCCAAAGGUAUAAUCAGUACCUUUGAGAUGAAAUCCCAGGAGGAUGUAAUGAUUCCCGUGUGUACGGGUACAUCGGAUGUUGUGCAUCCAGCUAUGUUGGCCUCUGCGCUUGCGCGGUCGUCUCAGAUGACGAAUGCUGCCGUUAGUAAAGUAUCACCGAUAUAUUUGGGCUAUGAAACGGAUGUGAUUAUGCGGUCGGCGAUGCCUUUCCAGGGAAAGUACAGCGGUUCGUUUCAAAUUCAAGCGAUGAAGGGCAAACAUCAAAUUGUAACGGAGAAUGACGUGGACAUUCGCUUUGUACACGAUGCUAGCAACCCGGCUCAGUUUAUUGUUUCUGGAUCGGGUGAGAAUCGGUUUGGUAUGUUUACGCUGCACGGCUUUUUGGAUAAAGAGACGAGCGAACUGCGACUGUAUAAGGUGUACAAGCCUAAGGAUCCGGUAAAGCGGACGUUUCCUCGGCGUGCGAGAUCAACGAGGGCGGUGACACCCGCGGUAAAGCGUGAAGCGAAGGCCUUAUCGAUUUCCGCGCCAGGCGCUGCUGCUAUCACGGCUUCCGUAGACGUCGCUAAAAUCGUGACUCCUAUUGCUGGUCCGACUAUUGUCGCCCCACGUAAGGUCGGUACGCCGAUGUCGGACUAUUCGUCUCCGCCUUUGGUAUUGGGCCGCUCCGAGCGGAAGCGGUCAAUGCCUGCGCACCUUCGUGAAGACAAUGUGCUCGAGUUCGAUCAUGCUCCGAUGAGCAUGAAGAAGUGCUUUACUGUACUAAAAGGUUUAAUGUCGAAUCCCAAUCAAGUUCACAUAUACGCAAACAAGCUUAUGGACGAUUUUGAGAAGCGUUUCAAGAGUCUUCAUUUCAAGCUUUCAAUCAGAAGUAAACAUGCGGAUGUGAAAUUGAAGAAGGACAGGAAAACGGAUGUGGUCCAGUCGUCGAAAAAGGUUAGAGGAGGCAAGGGUACGAAGGGUAACACUAAGCGGCGUGUGCCUGGCGAGGAUACUGGGUUGAUUAUGUCCCUGAAGGAAGAUAUAGAACGCCUAAAAGCGACAUUGGAGCAGCUGCAGCCAAGCAUGGCGAAGGCCGGUUCGCUCAAGCCCGUUAAAUCAGCUGCUAAACCGUUUAGAAUGGAAGAUAUGACAGAAGAAGAGCUUAACGAGCCUAUGAGUCAGAUGGACAAAGCUCGAUUGAGUUCUGAUAUUAAGUUACUUCCGCAGGACAAAAUUAAUCGUGUCCUUCAGAUCAUCGCUGAAGCUGUUCCGGUAGCAAAGCUGGCCAAUGAGAACGACGAAGUAGAGUUAGACAUUAACGCGUUCGACACUCGGUGCUUGCGAAUGCUGGAAGGUUAUGUUAGAGAAAACGGAAUUGGUCGCAAGCGAAAGCGACCUGCCAAAAAGACGAAGAUGGCGCCAGCUGAAAAGCGGUUGAAGUCUGCCGAGGUAGCGGCGUUGAACAUCCGGCAUCGCCAGGAAGAACUGAAGAACCAGUUGGCUGCGAUUGACAGAGCUGGUACCAGCGCCGCGCAUACGGCGUCUAGGGAAAACGGUGAUCGUCAAACAGACCGAGAUUCUGCCAUGAUAGACGGAGGUACCGGCAUUGAAGCUGGUGCUAUAAAGAAAGGCGGCGACAGUUCUUCGGGCAGUUCGUCGAGCUCUUCCGAGUCAUCAGACUCGGAUACUGAUAGCGAUAGUGAAUCUGAUUCGGAUGAUGGGGAUGCUCCUCUGGAAAGGUUCCCUCCGCUCGCGAGUGCUCCAAAUUUGUCACAGCUUGAUCCUUCCGCUUUGGUCCAUGCUGUCGACGUUGCCAAGAAGAUUCGCGAUGAGCAUCUUUCAAGCUCAGAGCCUCUUCGUGUAGAAAACCGUGGGGCUUGGAGUAUGCUGGCUAAGAAAGAAACUCCUAAUGGAACGCCUUUGAUUCAUUCAAAUGGUGGCAGCGAAUCAAGCUCGUUGUGGCUAUCUGCGCGCUCAAUGGAACAGAUCAAGCAACAAAAGCUGCAGCAGAAGGAGAAGAAGCGCACAGAUGAGCUGGAAGCUCUGAAACGCCGUGAGGCUGAGCAGCGCGAGAAGGAAAAGGAAUGGGAGAGAAAAAAGGAGCGUGAGCAAGCUGAGCGGCGGAAGCUAGAGCAGCAGGCAGCAAAGCUGGCUGAUGAAAAACGCAUUCGAGAGGAGCGUGCUCGCGAUGCGGAACGUGUGCGUCUUGCCCAGCUUGCGAUGGAGCGGGAGAAGCUGGCUCGAGACGACGAUGUUGAGCUUCACGAUGCCACACUGAGCGAGGAUCUGGAUGCUUUUAGUUCGUCCUCAUUUUUGUAA